UUAGCAUUUUGUUUGUUAAAAAACUUGAAUUGCAUCAGGUUCUUUUGUUGAGAAGGAAGGCGCUAGGGCCCUGGAGUGAGCUGAUGGCUUUGUUGUGUGACCACAGAGGCUGGUUUCGUACUAAUUUCCUCUAGGGCUUGUGAUGAAGUCAGUAAACCACAACCUUCAGCAUGCUGUGCUCGGGCGGCGGCAGUGGCUUUGGUGUUGUCUCGGCCAUGACACACAUUUGACAUGCCCUCCCUCAACCCUCGGGCAGACUCUUUCUUUUGCUCUGCAGCAUGGACCAGCGCGAAAUUCUGCAGAAGUUCCUGGAUGAGGCCCAAAACAAGAAAAUGAGCAAAGAGAAAGUUGCAAAUGAAUUUCUGAAGCUGAAAAAGCAGUCCACCAAGUUCAAAGCAGACAAAACCUACCCUACAGCUGUGGCUCAGAAGCCCAUGAAUAUAAAAAAAAACAGAUAUAAGGACAUUUUGCCGUAUGAUCAUAGCCGGGUAGAGCUGUCCCUGAUAACUUCUGAUGAGGAUUCUAGCUACAUCAAUGCCAACUUCAUUAAGGGAGUGUAUGCACCCAAGGCUUAUAUUGCCACACAGGGACCUUUGCCUACAACUCUUCUGGACUUUUGGAGAAUGAUUUGGGAAUACAGUGUUCUGAUCAUUGUUAUGGCAUGUAUGGAGUUUGAAAUGGGAAAGAAAAAGUGUGAGCGCUACUGGGCUGAGCCAGGACAGAUGCAGCUGCAGUGUGGCCCUUUCUCUAUAUCCUGUGAAACUGAAAAGAGGAAAUCUGAUUAUAUAAUCAGGACUCUAAAAGCCAAGUUCAACAGUGAAACUCGAACUAUCUACCAGUUUCAUUAUAAGAACUGGCCAGACCAUGAUGUGCCUUCAUCUGUAGACCCUAUUCUUGAGCUCAUCUGGGAUAUGCGUGGCUACCAGGAAGACGACAGUGUUCCCAUAUGCAUUCACUGCAGUGCUGGCUGUGGAAGGACUGGUGUUAUUUGUGCUAUUGAUUAUACAUGGAUGUUGCUAAAAGACGGGAUAAUUCCUGAGAAGUUCAGCAUUUUUAGUUUAAUCCAGGAAAUGCGAACACAGAGACCUUCAUUAGUUCAAACUCAGGAACAGUAUGAACUGGUCUACAGUGCAGUAUUAGAACUUUUUAAGAGACAUGUGGAUGUUAUUGAAGAUAAACAGUCUGGAAGAGAGAUUCAAGCAAAGUAUUCAAUUCCUGAGCAAAAUCCUACUCUACAAGCAGAAUCUCAUUCUCCUAAUUUACCAAAAAUCACCAUAAAGGAAGCAAAAAUGAUGAACCAACAGAGCAAACAAAAGUUGAAGGUGGAAAAUGCAGAAGUUUCUUCCUUUAACUUUAGGACUUCUGAAAUAAGUGCAAAGGAAGAGUUAGUUUUGCAUCCUGCUAAAUCAAGUCCAUCUUUUGACUUUUUGGAGCUAAACUAUGGUUGUAACAAAACUGUCAACACAAUCAACAAAUGGCAAACAAAGACAUUAUUAACAGUUGGAGAACCUCUUCAGAAGCACAAAAGUUUGGACUUCAGCUCCAGUUUGUUGGGGGCAUGUCCUAAUUCUCAAUCUAUAAAUGCAGGAGGAACAUGUUUUAAUUCAAAGGGGCCAAUAACACGAACCAAAUCAACUCCCUUUGAAUCAAUACAGCAGAGAACAAUUGAGGAGCUGGACAUUAAGGAAAAUUUUUCAUGUUUGGAAUCUCAAGCUCACAGUUCUUGUCCUGUGGAGUUCCAAGCUAAAAAAAUGGCACAUGUUUCUUCAGAAGAACUGAAUCAUUCACUAUCAUAUGACUCUAACCACCAAAUGUCCGAUGCUUUAAAUGUAAAGCAGCAUGGCUCUAGUGCUUUGGGUGUAUGUUCUGGCAUGUCUUUAGUAGAGGAACCUUAUUUUUCAUCAUUGCACCCAAGUAGUGCUGAUUGUAAAAUAUCUCUUGAUUUACCUGAGAAGCAAGAUGGAACUGUUUUUCCUUGCUCUUCAUUGCCAGCAUCCUCUACAAUCCACUUUUCUUAUUACAACUCAAAUGACUCUUCAGCAUUGAAUCCUCUGACCAAUUUUUCCCCACAACUGACCCAAGAGACGGCUGUAGUGACAUCUUCUCCAAAGAUAGAUGAUGAAAUCCCCCCUCCACUUCCUGAAAGAACACCUGAAUCUUUUAUUGUGGUAGAGGAAGCGGGAGAAUUACCACCAAGUGAACCCAAAUCCUUAUCCUCACCUGUGAAGAUACAAACUGGAACAUCACUGGAAUGGAGCAGAAUUUCUGAAACACAGACAUUUGAUGACUCUGUGAGGCUUAAGCCAAGCAAGAGUGUAAAGCUCCGGAGUCCCAAAGCAGUUCCACGUCAGGAUUCAUCUCCUUCUCCACCUCCACUCCCAGAAAGAACCUUAGAGUCCUUCUUUCUUGCUGAUGAAGAUUGUAUGCAGACCCAAUCCACAGAAACUUAUUCAGUUAACUAUCCUGAAACCACGGAAAAUUCAGCAUCUUCAAAACAAAUAAUGAAGACUACUGGAAAAAAUUUCACAAGGAGUAAGAGUUUGAAAAUUUUGCGAAACAUGAAGAAAAGUAUCUGUAAUUCUUCCACAUCAAGUAAGCUUGUAGAAGCUAUCCCAUCAAAUAAUUCCAGAUCAUUUCCAAAUUUUGGUUUUGCAAAUCGUUUUUCAAAACCUAAAGGACCACGGAACCCACCACCAUCUUGGAAUAUUUAAUACAACUCUGGAUUUAUAAGAAUAUGGGUUGAAUAUGUAUUUGUAUCUGCAAAUACAACUACUGGCUAGCUAAAAUAAAUGCUAUAUAGUCAUAAUAUCUUAAAGAAGAUAUGAUGUUAAUAGCUUUUAAAAGAAAAUCAUUAUGUGAAAAGUCCAGUUUUGCAUUUUCCAAUCAUUACAUUGGGUUGGAAAUUGUAGAUAAAACAGUUCAUUAUUUGAGUUUAUGAAAAGAAUGUGUAUGAAAAACAUUUUUAAAAUGGAUUUAUUUUUUACUUUUGGAAGUCAUUCUAUUUUUUUAUGUAAGUAUAAAUUUUUGUUCAUUUUUGUUUUGUUCACUAUGUUACCCAGUCUGGUCUAGAGCUCUUUAGAGCAAAUGAUUCUCCUGCCUCAGCCUCCUGAUUUCAUGAUGUGUUACCAUGCAUGAUUGAAAUAUAAAGUUUUCUUCAGUUUUUUCUGAGAGUAAAUAUUCUACCUAUGUGUGGUACAUAAUGUUUACAUUCUUUGUCAGAAAUUGGUAUGUGUAAAAGCUUUUAUAAAAAAUGGAUUCCAAUGAAAUUUCUACAUGGUAAGAAUAUAAUAAAAAAUUUAAUUUUAAAAUAUUACCUCGUAGUUGCAGUACAAAAUUACUGCUUGUGACAAUGCCUAUUCUGUGGGGGUUAUUUUUGCCUAAAUGGAGUCACAUAUCUUUCCAAGUGUGAGAGACGGUAAUAGUACGAAAAGAAGUUGUAUUUAAGAGACUCAAAUAAUGAUUUUUUAAUAAUUUGUUAUUUGCAUAGAUCAACAAGAUUGUCAACCACAUUCCUAUGUUUUAAUCUCAACUACCAAUUCUAGAAAAACAACAAAAUUGCAACAUUUUGGUAGAAUUUCCUUUAUAUAAAAGGUCCUAUAUAAACAUGCAGUUUCUACACAACCAACCAAAGGUUCUGGUCAUUUAAAUUUCUGUAUGUGGAUUUGUAUUAAGACAAUCUGACUUUCCAAAUCUAAUUUUAUGUAGCAAAUAAGUUAGUAGAACAAGUAUGAUUUGAACGGAUUCACUUUUCUUACCCUAAUGAUUUAACAUCUUAUUUUUUAAAAGUUUAUUUUUUAGAAACAAUAUUAGCAGUAUUUUCUCAUCAGUAUUUUUUAUUAGAAAGCCUAAUGAUGGGGUAAAUUGAAUGUCACGUUACCUGUCUAUUGUAGUACAAUGUACCCACUAGGUAUCAAUAAACUUUGUUUUCAGACUAA